AUGGCAGACGGAGAAUGGGUUGCCAUUGGCUGGGCCCUUCUCGUCCUACUGGGAACCAGUUUUCUGGCUGGGGCAGCAAUUAAUAUAUUCAUUGUGGCCGUGAAUCUCGCUGACUGGUUGAAGAGAAGGCAACUUAGUGAUCUGGACAAAGUUCUGACCUGUAUUGGGGUCUCCAGACUGGGCCUUCAGAUUACGACCACCAUGACUGUCUAUGGGGUCAUUUUCUUUCAGAUGGAUUUACUGUACGAAGCCAGAACGGUCUCAGAAGCUCUCAGGUCCCUUGAGUUGUUCUUCAACUACUCCAGCACUUGGGUCACAACGUUACUCUCUUUCUUCUACUUGGUGAAAAUCGCCAACUUCCACCACCCGGCGUUUGUCCUCCUCAAAGAGAGAAUUUCUCAACUCCUGACGGCUCUGGUUAUUUCUUGCUUAGUCUUUGCCUUAGUUAACACGUUGCUGCUUACGUUGUGGCCUCCUCAUAUCAAUGGGCUUCUUGGGAACUCAACGCACGACCUCCAUGAAAAUGUGACCGCGUCCCAAUCGGACAGAAGAGUUUUUGUUUAUUUGUUUGUAGCUGGGAAACUCCUUCCCUUCGCUAUAUCCGCGGUCUCAUUAACCCUCCUGCUUGUGUCGCUCUCGCUCCACAUCAGGCAAAUGAGAGACAGCAGCCACUCCUCGCCCAAUCUGGACAAAUACUACACUGCCAUCAAAUCCAUGAUAUUUUGCUUUCUGAUCUAUAGUAUGCACAUUGGCAUUGGCUUUGCCGGGCUCCCAUAUUCUUUUUCUAUGAAUAUCAUAUGGAUACAAAUAAUGAAAAAUCUCUUUCCAACAUUACAUUCUCUUUUCCUUAUAGUAGGGACGGUCAAGCUGAGGCGACAGUUCUGGCGUAUAACCCAACGGGCGGCAAACUGCUUCUCAAGGGGGAGCUCCAUGGAACUGACAGAGACAAUUCCUCCCUAG